AUGUUACGUCUAAGCCCCGACGAUUCAUUCCAUUUCGAGCUGUUGCGACUUCUCGCUCACGCAACAUACGGAGGCGCCGACGUCGGCGAGGUUCUUGCUAUCGCGUCAGAAAUCACCCCCGGCGACUUUGAGUCAUUUCACGAUGCCUUCGAUUCUGGAGCAAGCAAGCAGAUUGACGAAUCCGGUUUAAUCCGUGACGCCAUGUUCCGAGCAUCUACCUAUUACAGAGCUGCCGACUUUUACCUACACGGUAAUUGGGAAGACCCUCGCAUCCUGUCUCUUUGGGGCAAGCAGACGGCGUGCUUUGACCAGGCGAUCUCUCGGUUGCCUAGUCCUGGUUGUAGGAGUGCGGUUAAGGGGCCGGGCUUCGACAUACCUGUCAUUCUUUUCCCGGCACUCCUAGGCAAUGGCUACGAUGGCUCCAUGGAAGAGAUGUACCACCAGUACGGCGCCGGUAUCCUAGAACGUGGCUGGAAUGUUCUGUGCUACGACGGCCCAGGACAGAUCUGCGCACGCCGCUAUCAAGGAAUCGGUUUCACGCACGAGUGGGAAACUGUCGUCUCUCCCGUUCUUGACUUCCUGGAAACAUUGCCAAUCGUCAACAUGAAGCAGAUUGGGAUCGUCGGAAACUCGAUGGCAGGAUUACUUGCCGCCCGCGCUGCUGCUUUCGACCACCGCAUUGCUGCGGUAUUCAGUAUCGAUGGAUUAUUCAAUCUUAUGGACACCCCUGUCUUCGAUAUCGAGAAGGGCCUGGCUCGAUACUCGGGAGUCCAGGACUUUGCGGCAGCAGAGAAGAUCUUCACGGAUCCAAGUGUACCAACAACAGCUCGCUGGGCCCUGUCUCAUGGCUCUUGGGCUUUCAAAGUCCGGACACCGGCAGAGUACCUGGAAAAGGCUUCUCAUUUCAAUUUGAAGGAUAUAGCGGACACAGUUCAGUGUCCUAUAUUUGUUGCCGAUGCCGCAGAUGAUCACUUUUUCAAAGGACAACCCGAAGCGAUGCGGGGUGCUUUGGGUAACAAAGCCCACUACGUUGUAUUCACGGCAGACGACGCAGCAGGCGACCAUUGCCAUGUGGGUGCUGCAAGGUAUACAAAUCAGGUCAUGCUUGACUGGUUUGAAGAGAAGAUCAUCAGAACAUAGGUCGGGAUGGGCUUUCGUGAGCUCUUUGACGAUGAGUUGUUGUCUACUGUCGGGCUAGCCAGUAUGCAGACAAGCCGACGUCUCGAGGUCCCUUUAACGAG